CUCGGGAAAUGAAACUAACAGUCAGUGCUACUGAGAGCAGAAAUGGAGCAGCAGGCGGUUCAGCUGGAUCAAGAAACUUUCUCCUGUUCCAUCUGUCUGGAUCUACUGAAAGAUCCAGUGACGACUUCCUGUGGACACAGCUACUGUAUGAACUGCAUUACAAACUUCUGGGAUGAAGGUGAGAAAAAGGAAAACUACCACUGUCCUCAGUGCAGGAAAACCUUCACACAGAAGCCUGACCUGCAGAAAAACACCAUGCUAGCAGCUUUAGUGGAGCAGCUGAAGAAGACUGGACUCCAAGCUGCUCCUGCUGACCACUGCUAUGCUGGACCUGAAGAUGUGGCCUGUGAUUCCUGCACUGGGAGAAAACUGAAAGCCAUCAAGUCAUGUUUAUUCUGUCUGGCCUCUUUCUGUGAGAAACACCUUCAGCCUCAUUUUGAUUCAGCUGCAUUCAAGAAACACAAGCUGGUGGAGCCGUCCAAGAACCUCCAGGAGAACAUCUGCUCUAAGCAUGAUGAGGUGAUGAAGAUCUUCUGCCGCACAGAUCAGAAGUGUAUCUGCUAUCUCUGCACUAUGGAUGAACAUAAAGGCCAUGAAACAGUGUCAGCUGCAGCAGAAAGGACUGAGAGGCAGAGAGAGCUGGAGGAGAGACGAGGAAACAUCCAGCAGAGAAUCCAGGACCAGGAGAAAGAUGUGAAGCUGCUUCAACAGGAGGUGGAGGCCAUCAAUCGCUCUGCUGAUAAAACAGUGGAGGACAGUGAGAAGAUCUUCACCCAGCUGAUCCGUCUCCUCCAGAAAAGAAGCUCUGAGGUGAAGCAGCAGAUCAGAUCCCAGCAGGAAACUGAAGUGAGUCGAGUCAAAGAUGUUCAGGAGAAGCUGGAGCAGGAGAUCACUGAGCUGAAGAGGAAAGACGCUGAGCUGGAGCAGCUCUCACACACAGAGGAUCACAACCAGUUUCUCCUCAACUACCCCUCACUGCCAGCACUCAGUGAGUCUACACACUCAUCCAGCAUCAACAUCCGUCCUCUGAGACACUUUGAGGACGUGACAGCAGCUGUGUCAGAGCUCAGAGACAAACUACAGGACGUCCUGAGAGACUCAUGGACAAACAUCUCACUGAUGGUCACUGAGGUGGAUGUUCUAUUGUCAGAACCAGAACCAAAGAGCAGAGCUGGAUUCUUAAGAUAUUCAUGUGAAAUCACUCUGGAUCCAAACACAGCAAAUACAUGGCUGAGACUAUCAGAGGGGAACAGGAAGGUGACAUGGAUGAAUAGAAAUCAGUCUUAUUCUAGUCACCCAGACAGAUUCACUGAUUAUCCUCAGGUUCUGAGUAGAGAGAGUCUGACUGGACCUUGUUACUGGGAGGUUGAAGGGAGCGGGUUAGUUUAUGUAGCAGUCGCAUACAAUAGUAUCAGCAGAGCAGGAUCGGGUAAUGAAUGUAUUGUUGGAAAUAAUGAUAAAUCUUGGGCAUUAGAUUCUUAUCAAAACAAGAGUAAAUUUUGGCACAACAACAUUCCAACCUCCAUCUCAGGUCCAGUUUCCUCCAGAGUCGGAGUGUACCUGGAUCACAGAGCAGGUAUUCUGUCCUUCUACAGCGUCUCUGAAACCAUGACUCUCCUCCACAGAGUCCAGACCAGAUUCACUGAACCGCUACUGGCUGGAGUUUUGAUUUAUGACACUGGAUCCUCAGCAGAGUUCUGUAAACCCAGAGAAGUGAAACGCAGACAGUCACUGUGACUGAGAGCAGAAAUGGAGCAGAGUCAGUUCGACCGAGAGACUUUCUCCUGUUCAAUCUGUCUGGAUCUACUGACGGAUCCAGUGACUACUCCCUGUGGACACAGCUACUGUAUGAACUGUAUUAAAGGUCACUGGGAUGAAGAGGAUCAGAAAAGAAUCCACAGCUGCCCUGAGUGCAGAGAGACCUUCAUACCAAGGCCUGUUUUGAAGAAAAACACCCUGCUAGCAGCUUUAGUGGAGCAGCUGAAGAAGACUGGACUCCAAGCUGCUCCUGCUGACCACUGUUAUGCUGGACCUGAAGAUGUGGCCUGUGAUUCCUGCACUGGAAGAAAACUGAAAGCCAUCAAGUCCUGUUUAGUCUGUCUGGCCUCUUUCUGUGAGAAACACGUUCAGCCUCAUCGUGAUGUGGCUCCUUUAAAGAAACACAAGCUGGUGGAGCCGUCCAAGAACCUCCAGGAGAACAUCUGCUCUAAGCAUGAUAAGUUGUUGGAGGUCUUCUGCCGCACUGAUCAGAAGUGUAUCUGUUAUCUCUGCUCUGUGGAUGAACAUAAAGGCCAUGAAACAGUGUCAGCUGCAGCAGAAAGGACUGAGAGGCAGAGAGAGCUGGAGGAGAGACGAGGAAACAUCCAGCAGAGAAUCCAGGACCAGGAGAAAGAUGUGAAGCUGCUUCAACAGGAGGUGGAGGCCAUCAAUCGCUCUGCUGAUAAAACAGUGGAGGACAGUGAGAAGAUCUUCACCCAGCUGAUCCGUCUCCUCCAGAAAAGAAGCUCUGAGGUGAAGCAGCAGAUCAGAUCCCAGCAGGAAACUGAAGUGAGUCGAGUCAAAGAUGUUCAGGAGAAGCUGGAGCAGGAGAUCACUGAGCUGAAGAGGAAAGACGCUGAGCUGGAGCAGCUCUCACACACAGAGGAUCACAACCAGUUUCUCCUCAACUACCCCUCACUGCCAGCACUCAGUGAGUCUACACACUCAUCCAGCAUCAACAUCCGUCCUCUGAGACACUUUGAGGACGUGACAGCAGCUGUGUCAGAGCUCAGAGACAAACUACAGGACGUCCUGAGAGACUCAUGGACAAACAUCUCACUGAUGGUCACUGAGGUGGAUGUUCUACUGUCAGAACCAGAACCAAAGAGCAGAACUGGAUUCUUAGGAUAUUCAUGUGAAAUCACUCUGGAUCCAAACACAGCAAACACAUGGCUGAGACUAUCAGAGGGGAACAGGAAGGUGACAUGGAUGAAUAGAAAUCAGUCUUAUUCUAGUCACCCAGACAGAUUCACUGGAUGGCGGCAGGUUCUGAGUAGAGAGAGUCUGACUGGACCUUGUUACUGGGAGGUGGAGUGUAGUGGGUUAGUUUCUGUAGCAGUUGCAUACAAGAGUAUCAGCAGAGCAGGAUGGGGUAAAGAAUGUGCUUUUGGACAUAAUGAUAAAUCUUGGGCAUUAGAUUCUUACCAAAGCAAAUGUAUAUUUUUUCACAACAAGAUUUCAACCGCCAUCUCAGGUCCAGUUUCCUCCAGAGUCGGAGUGUACCUGGAUCACAGAGCAGGUAUUCUGUCCUUCUACAGCGUCUCUGAAACCAUGACUCUCCUCCACAGAGUCCAGACCAGAUUCACUGAACCGCUACUGGCUGGAGUUCGGAUUUAUAAUACUGGAUCCUCAGCAGAGUUCUGUAAACCCAGAUAGAUUUCCUCUUUCCUCUCAGAUUGUUGAUCAGGGUUCAUGGUUCUGAUGUCUCUGCUCUGCUGUUCUGAUCUUCUUUAUUUUUCCGGUUUAGUUCUUUGUGUUACAGGAGCCAUAAAGGAAAUCACUGCUGAUCAUUUAUUUCAUUCUUAUGACAGAAAUAUUUCAUGAAAAUCUAAACUUCUCUGGACUCUAAUGGUUUUCCUUUCAUUUUUUUAUCCAUGUAUUUUGAUGUUUUAUUUGUUGUUAAAUCAGUUGAGAUCAAAGUGAUCUGAACUUGCUUCUGUUUUCUAUAUUGUGAUCCAAAAAACCUGAAACAUCAAAUCAGAACUGAUGCUGUUUUCUUCUCAUAUUUUUAGAUUUAGAUCAGAAAAAUGUCUGUAGUUCUGUCUCUUUGGACUUCUUCAAUAAAGAAACUUGAUUACAGAGAAAUGUUGAAAGUUUUCUAAUC